UAAUUUGGCCUGAUAGGAAUGAAUGUAUUUUGUGCCCUUACUUUGGCCUGGCGCUCUGUUCUAUGACUGAUUUCUACCUUGCGCCCAAUACUGAAGUAGGCAUUUAAUGUCUGUGACCCUGAGAACUAGAUUUAGCGAGCAUAAAAACAGACGACUAAACUAGAAUCUACAGUAGGAUUGGUUACUGCUAUUGCAGAACACAACAUCUAAACAGCCUUGGUUUCCAUACACCCCUACAAGUGAAAAAGUAGGCUGAGAAACUGGACGGCUGGCUCAUUGAAGCAGCUUAGUUACUGAGUUUGUUCCUGGACUGCACUUGGUGUUACCACGAUUGGCUUCUGCUAUCUAUGAACUUGAGAACAGGACUAAGCUGGUUUGAACUGGAUUAAUGGGUGGAUGUCACACAAUAGACUGACACUCAGUCCAGGUUUGCCUCAUUCUCAGUAAUGCCAAGAAAGGCGUAGCACUCCCAAAAACUUGUAAUUGAAAAAGUGUAAUGAAAUGCUUGCCUCUGGGUGAUUUGCUUUUCAGAAAUUAAAGGACUGGCCAUCGUGUGUUUGUUCCACAACCCUAAGAAUGAAAGUCAAGUUCACAAACGGGAUGGUCGGUUAAUUAAGCCGGCUUUGUGGUGGAUGGCGAUUCAGUCCUUCAGGUGUUUAUAAAAAAUUUUCCUUAAAACAUAAGGCAAAUGGGGAAGAACGGCCGGUUAAUUAAAUCGGCGGCUCAGUCUGUGAGGAAUAUUAACUGCUGCUCAUUAAGCAGACGGUUGGUCCUAUUUAGGCUUCCUCACCUGAACUCUUUAAUUCCUUUAAGAAGGCGCGUUUGAGAGUUCUGAUUUGUCAAUUUCUAUUGGCCUAUGCCGUUCAUUUUCGCUCUGUUUCUAUUUUGUCUCUCACGCCGCGCGGCCCGCACACGAGUCCCCGCGGCGAUGCAGGGAAGUCUCCGCGGAUUAAAACAAAGCACAUGAUAGGGCGUCCCGUGAUUUAGGCUGCUUGUGCCGCCAGCCAGGACUCCGACUAAAUGUUUCUUUUCUCUUCGGGCAGCGUGCUCGCAGGAUGGCGUCGCCAAGGCUCGAGACCUUCUGCUGCCCCAACAGAGACGACGCGACCGCCUUCGUCGUGGGCUUCCAGCCGCGCUUCUUCAAUGCCAUCUGCAUCGGCAGCGCCGCCGUGAGCCUGCUGCUCACCAUCCUGCAAAUCGCGCCCAAGCGGCGCAGUUACCGGCGGCUCGGCCAGUACCCGCUGCAGAAGCCCGCCUCCUCCUCCAGGAUCCUGUUCAUCGUCAGCUUGUGCGACAUCCUGGGAUGCCUAGGUAUUCUCAUCAGAUCUACAGUGUGGCUUGGCUCUCCAAGCUUCAUUUCUAAAAUAUCUGUUUUUAACACCACAGAAGUAUGGCCUGCAGCUUUCUGUGUUGGAAGCUCGAUGUGGAUCCAGCUGUUUUAUAGUGCUUCAUUUUGGUGGGCCUUUUGCUAUGCAAUUGAUGUGUACCUGGUGGUUAAAAGAUCAGCUGGACUAAGUACAAUUGUAUUAUACCACAUGAUAACAUGGGGGCUGGCAGUUCUGCUGUGUGUGGAAGGAGUGGCUAUGCUCUACUACCCAACGAUUUCAAGCUGUGAAAAUGGACUGGAACAUGCUGUACCUCACUACAUCACCACCUACGUUCCACUUCUACUUGUUUUGCUAAUUAAUCCAGUUUUGUUUGGAAGGACAGUAGCCACUGUUACGUCAUUAUUGAAAGGAAGGCAAGGAAUCUACACAGAAAAUGAGAGGCGACUGGGAAUGGAAAUUAAAAUAAAGUUUUUCAAGAUAAUGCUUGUUUUCUUUAUUUGUUGGCUUCCAAAUCUUAUCAACGAGAGUAUUUUAUUCUACCUAGAGAUGCAGGAAGACUUUAAAGGGAGCCAUCUUAAAAACGCCAGGAACGCAGCUUUGAUCACAUGGUUCAUAAUGGGAAUUUUGAAUCCAAUGCAAGGCUUUCUGAAUACACUUGCUUUCUAUGGCUGGACGGGUUUUGAUAUUGAUUUCAAUAUCCAAAGUUCAAGGGAGAUCCCUUGGGAGUCGGCUUCAACGUCUGCGGUACCAGCAGAUGGCUACAAUCCUACUGUAUCCUCCUCACUUAACUACCAGGGAUACACGGCUGACAAAAAAAAAGGCCUAAGUGGAAACGGCUAUCACCGAGCAGAUACCAUUAGUGUCCUCUCUGAAGGUUCAGAUUCAAGUGCAGUUGAAAUCCACAUCUCAAGUGACCUUCGAGGCUCUGAAGGGACAGACGCUGAUAAUGAGUCCGUGGAAACUUCUGAAAAAGAACGUCUGGUGAGAUAAGAAGAAAUGCUGUGUAUGCAGAUAUAAGCCACCUGCUAAAUAUUACCACGUGCUUAUGCUGUGUACCAAAUGGUAACGUUUCAAGGAUUCUCCCCCAACAUUAACCAAUGAAGUUGGCCCCCGUCGUCAACUUUUACUGAAACCACUGUGGACAAAGUAUGUGAAUGAGGUGUACGAAUUACUGCUAACGUGUAUAUUUAAAUGUUAACAUGGCAGAGUCGUGUCGCCCUUGCUGUGCUCUACUCUUCAUGGCAUGCGCCGCUCACAGUGGCCAUGCUGUGUUACGCAAGACACACAUGCAAUCUAAGUUUGUAAGUCGUCUAUUAAACAGCAGCUGCAGUGAUGCUGCCAUCCAGAAGUAACUGCCACCUCUGCCAUCUUAUGUGCUCCUCUCACCCGUCUGCACUCUUUCAACAGGAGACGGUUUUUCCUUUCUUUCCAAAGUGCAGAUGCCAUCACCAAUAUAUGGGCAUAAACUGAUGAUGAUAAAAAUUGAAAUAAUCCUGAUUUAAACUGCAAGUCGGUGAAAGUGGUAGAUAUUAUUUACACAUUACAAAAACUAAAAUAAAUCUCCCAGGUUAUGUGACACCAGUUAUACCGUCUAUAAUCCAAAGAGCAACAAGCCCGUCGUAAAUACUUGGGUAUAAGGAUGCAAUGGCAUGCAACUAAAAUCCGUUCUUUUUACCCUCAAAGACUUUGACAACGCAGAAGAAGGUUUAUUUCAUCAAAGCAGAUGUAUGGCUUUGUUCACCUUAAAUUCUGAACAAAAGAACCCACAUGUUUUGAAUAACAUUACUCCAAUACCCUAGAGGGUGCAGGGUGGGCUGCCAAGAAUUGUAAAGUCCAGACGGCCCCCCGAGUUAGAGGUGUGCUCCAAGGUUAGACUCUGCUCUUACCAUUUCAGUACAUUUUUAAAUGAGAGAGACUGGGGCCUUUCUGUCCUCCUCCUCCUCCUCAUUGUCCCAUUAUUUAAGGUAUAACAGAGACGGGACGGGGCCUGACACAGAACUUAAAUUUACAAGCUGUGCUCUAGGAGUGCGGCUGGAUGUGAUGCUGCAAGAUUUUGUUUUAUGAAUUUUAAGGAAAGCAAUUUGCCAGUCAUCAUGAGAGGGACUUUACAACAAGGAGCAUUUCAGGAGUGUAAAUGUGCCAUCUAUUUUCAUAAAAUGUAUAUAAAUAUUUGUAUGGCUGGGGCAUUUUAAAAUUUGGUACACUGUAUCAAGGGCUGAAAAUGACACGAACCAAGUAAUAAACGUGUGCUAUUCCUUUC